AUGUCUUCCUCUGCCAAGGACACCAAGGACUUCAAGGACCGUCAGCAAAACAACUUUGGCGCUGACCUCUGGCACAAUACUGCUGGGCGCGGUCUCUUCGCCGGUCUCCAAGAUACCAAGAAGUACAACGUCGACCACGGCUGGGCGCGUCGCGAACAGGGCGAGCAACCUGGACUCAUCGCCACCAUCUGGCGGAGGUAUGUUCUUAUCUGA